GGCACAAAGUGCAAAGGACUAUAUAUAUAUUUGUAACAAACAUACUUUUUUUUUGUUAGGGCUGUUACACACAAGGAUAGUGUAAAGGGGAAGCAGACCUUGCAACUGCUGGGGACCAGGAUGGUAGAGGGCCCAGCGGGGCUCUGAUUGAAAAGCAGUUUCAGUAUAAGUUUAUGAAGAUUUUAUGUAUUACCAAAGUUUAGUGGGAAAGGGGGUGCAAGUAACUUCUAGUUAAGCCAGUGUUACAGAGAAACAAAAGAUUUUCCUAAAAUGUUACCAAGUCUUCAACUCUAUUGUGAAUCCUUUAUAGUGUAGAUGAGUGGGAGGGAAGAACAGUGUGGCAGCCCAUGCCAUAAAUUACUAUCUCACAAUUGCUCAGACUCUGCUUUAGUUGCUGCUGGAAAUGGUGGGCUUCUUCCCAGGAGAAGUAGUACUGAGAAAAGGUCAGGGCAUUCAUUCUCCUUCUGAGUACAAGUACAGCAGCACAGAAACGUUCCUCUUCAAGCAGCAGCCAGCAGCCAGCCAUCACACAGAGCAGGAACAUUUAAAUGGAUGAAAGACAAACAGUUUUGCCUCUCACUGUUCAUCUUCUUGCCAGCUCGGGUGAUUCGCUUGCCUUUCAACUUGCAGUUGACCGUCUUCUCCACAGGAUAUGUCCAGAUGUCCGGUUGUUUCUUGUGUCGGAACGGGCUGCUCCCAUUAAGCUGUAUGAGUGCCAAACGAAAAGGCCUGAAUUCCCAGGGAUAUCAGUGACACUCUUCCUGCGUGAGGACUUGGGAGAGGAAAGGAUUGAUCUCCUGCAAAGUUUUUUCCAGCUACCUCCAUGGACUCAUGUUAUCGCAGACUUCCAGCAAGGAAGAUCCUGCCCCUUUAAACUGCCGCUUUGUGAUUAUUAUAGUCUUGAUUCCCACAUGCCUGUGUGGGAAAUGAGACAUGUCCAUUAUGGCACAGAAAUUGUGAGACUCACUGUGUAUUGUAGCUGUGAUAACUAUGAAGAUGCAGUGAGACUCUAUGAAACAAUCCUGCAAAAGGAGGCAACUACCCAAAAAGCUGGAUUUUGUUUCUUUGUAUUGUAUUCUACAACACAUGUGUCUGUCCAACUUUCCAUAAAGCAGCUGCACCCUGGGAUAUCUGUGCAAGUUAAGGAUGCGUGUGCUCUGCAGUUUGCCAUUCAUGCAGUAGGACAAUUGGUUCCUUUGCUGCCCUAUCCUUGUGUGCCCAUCAGCGAUGCCAGAUGGCAAACUCAAGAUUAUGAUGGGAACAAAAUCCUUCUUCUGGUUGUUGACCAUACUACAGCAACACAACGCAAGGCUGAAAGCAAAGCCGCCAGCACACUAAUGGUGAUUCCCGAUAACCCAUCAUUACCAUUCACGUCUUUAAACAGAAGUAUGGAAGCCAAAGUUCAGAAUGCAAAAGACACCAUUAACCCUAAAAAUAUCUCUGUGUCCUCCAACUACUUGGAUCAAAGUGAAACAAUAUACAACAACACCAAUCCAUCUCAGAAACUGCUGGCGCCACAUGGUAUUCAAAUGAAAGAAACUGAAAGCAAUGUGGAUACGGGAUAUACAGUUGUCAGCCUGACAAGUCAGCAGGCUUAUAUCUGUGAGCUUUCAGAGAAUCAGCAGAGUGCUCCUGCUUUUGAAGAUAUAUACUUUUCUACUUCACAGAGAAAAAGCCCUCAGAAUUUGCCCUUUAAACUAGAAGAAUCUUCAUCCUCUGAUGUGGUCGAAGGUAGUAAAGCACUUGGUAUGACUGGAAGCAUGUUUCAUAGUGAGAGAUACCAGAUACACAACAGCAACAUCAGUGAAGAAGAAGAGUUUUUUAUUUGACUUAAUCUCAUGUGGAAUUAAAUUUGUUCUUGGGAAAUAAAUGUUGCAUGUUCAUACUAGGCCAUUAUUCACAUAGGGAUGCCCCCUGUAUAUGUUUUAUUGCAGAAAUACAAUGCUAAGCCUCAGUGCCUAAAGGAGGGCAUCACAGUUGGUGCCACUAGAAGUGCCCUGUAUUCGAUUGGGGAUACCCCACAGAUACCUGUAAAGGAGAAUUUCUAUUUAACUUCACUAGAUAAAUAAAUAAGGCCGAUUAAUUUAAUAAAGUAUUUCUGUCACAUACAAAUUUGUCCCUUGUGGCAUACUUUUCAAAAACACUGAUGUGUGUGCAGCUGUCACAAGAGAUGACCAAGAGCUUCUAAUAGAUCAGGACAAAGAGACCAUCAAAGUCAAAAACAGGAAAGGCCAUGAUCCUGCAGUUAGACAGAAUGCAUACAAAAACAGAACUGAGUCAGGACAAAUAUGACUAUUGAGGGUAGAAUACAAAACAGGCCUAGAUACAAGAAUAUAGUGUUCUAGUAUGUAGGCAGCAUGGAUGGCAUAUGGUGCUGAAUAUGUACUAGUAAUUUCCAUGUAUUACUUUAUCAGUAAAAAGCUACUAGAAAUAUGAAAUCUCAGCUCCGUAUCCUCGGAAAGUUUUAUAUACUGUACAUAUAUUUGUUAAUGGCUGGAAAAAGAGGUUUGUUGUUUUAGUCCUGCUGCUGAUUUUAGUGUAAGGCUAAGCUGCAUCCUUUUAUGAUGUACUGCAGUUGCAAAUGUAGUUUCUGGAAUGUAUGAGACAUGAGAUGUAUAGGCCAUGUCUCGAGCUUGUGAUAUAAUACACACCACAGGCUGAUUUUGUUCUGAUUAAAUCCAGCCCCCCCAAA